AUGACGUCCGUCGACUCCAUCCUCCACCAUGCCGUCGAGCAGGGUGAGCUCCCCUCAGCAGAGUGGCCGAGGACGCUGCAGUACAUCCUGCAACGCUUAGACGAGAUUGUUGCCGACUUCCCCAAGCCGCUCACUGACGCGAACCCAAACCCUCCCGCACCGCCAACCACCGACCUGCCCUCACGGCCCAGCACCUCAAACGCCCUGUCCAGUCAAGAGUCGCAUGCCACGGACAAGGAGAACGCCCCACCCGCCACGCCUCCGCGCCCGCCCGUGCCCUCCUUCUCCGCUGGAAACGAGCCUCAGGCCAUUCCCUCCGAAAUCAACUCGUUCUACACAUCCAUCCGCACCACCCUCUCCAAGAACUUUGCCAAAGACCCCCCGCACACGAUCCAGCGCCUCGCCGAGCUGAUCCUCGAGCCCAAGAAACGCUACCGCUUCCUGCCACCCUACCUGCGCGCCCUCGACCGCGUCGUCUCUGUAUCCUCGCCCCUUACCGUCUUCCCACUCCCACAGGCCGUCUUGCCCACCGCGAGCGGACUGCUCAAUGGCGUCACUCCCAGCACCACACCCCAGCCCGCGCCCCUUGGCUCGGACGAAUCACUGGGCGGUGCCUUGCUCACUCCAAUUCCCUGGCUGCAGAACCGAGGCCAAAAUGAGUUGAUCUCGGAGAGUACAGAAAUGGUCGAUGGACCCAACGGCGCAGGUCGCAUAGAAACCGUCACAGUAGGAAUGCUGGCCAACGCUGCACGGCCCGAAUCCGACUCACCCGCAAAUGUGGCCCACAUUGCUUCGUCACAUCCGGACGGCGAGACGCUGCCAUCCACUGGUCCCGUUACUCAAAUGUACGCUUACUCAGUCAACUUUACAGAUGCCUAUGUAGCGGUAUACCAGCAUAUAUAUAGAAAGUGUAAACUAGAGAAAUAA